CUGCAAUAGCAUUCCCAGAGGAGAAAAGAAGAAGAAGAAAAAACCCCAGGAAAACCCUACAGCCCUACAAACUCCAAACCCUAAUUUCUCUGCGACAAAUCGAUGGCUGGUACGUCGUCGAAGCUCGCACGGUCUGUCUCUUCCGUCGCUGCCGCUGGAAAGACCUUGUUCUCUUCCUCCUCUUCCAAAAACCCCCUUCCUCUCUCCCGCGUCGCACCUAUCUUUGGUACAGCCCCUUUCGGACCGACUUCCGCUCCGACAACUCCACCUCCGACCAGAAACAGCGAGCUGGCCUCAGCGAAAAAUGUCUCUGCUGCCGCCAACAAUUCUGCGAAUCGCACCGGGCUGGGUUUCCAACGACGGAAGUUCCAUUCUUCCGUUCCUCGGUUCAGCUCAGCUGCCUCGUCUCAGGUUAAUCAAACAGAAUUCACUGAUAUGGCGUGGGAGGGAAUUAUUGGUGCCGUAGAUGCAGCACGACUGAGCAAGCAACAGGUAGUGGAAUCUGAGCAUUUGAUGAAAGCCCUUUUGGAGCAGAAGGAUGGUUUGGCUCGGAGAAUAUUGACCAAGGCUGGAAUUGACAACAGCUCAGUUCUUCAAGCUACAGAUCAGUUUAUUUCCCAGCAACCGAAGGUAGUAGGUGAUACUAGCGGUCCCAUAAUGGGCACAAAUCUUAAAACACUCAUGGACAAUGCCAGGAAGUACCAAAAAGAGCUGGGGGAUGAUUUUUUGUCUGUGGAGCACUUUAUGUUAGCAUUCCAUUCAGAUAAAAGGUUUGGACAACAGUUAUUCAAGAACAUCCAACUUGGUGAGAAGGAAUUGAAGGAUGCUGUUUUAGCUGUGCGUGGAAAUCAAAGAGUAACUGACCAAAAUCCAGAAGGAAAAUACGAGGCACUAGAGAAAUAUGGAAAUGACUUGACAGAGCUUGCUAGGCGAGGUAAACUAGAUCCUGUAAUAGGCCGUGAUGAUGAAAUUCGCCGUUGCAUCCAGAUAUUGUCCAGGAGAACAAAAAAUAAUCCUGUCAUUAUCGGUGAGCCUGGUGUUGGAAAAACUGCAAUUGCUGAAGGGUUAGCACAGCGAAUUGUUCGCGGGGAUGUUCCUGAACCUCUCCUGAAUAGGAAGUUGAUCUCACUGGAUAUGGGUUCCCUAAUUGCUGGUGCUAAAUUUCGUGGAGAUUUUGAAGAAAGGCUGAAAGCUGUUCUGAAGGAAGUCACUGCUUCCAAUGGACAGAUUAUUUUGUUUAUUGAUGAGAUCCACACUGUUGUCGGUGCAGGGGCUACGAGUGGAGCAAUGGAUGCCGGCAAUUUGUUGAAACCAAUGCUGGGCAGAGGGGAGCUCCGUUGCAUUGGAGCAACCACACUAAAUGAAUAUAGGAAAUAUAUUGAGAAGGACCCUGCUUUAGAGCGUAGAUUUCAGCAGGUGUACUGCGCUCAGCCAUCUGUACAAGACACCAUUUCCAUCCUUCGUGGGUUGCGGGAACGUUACGAACUGCAUCAUGGUGUCAAAAUAUCAGACAGUGCUCUAGUUGCAGCUGCAGUUCUCGCAGAUCGGUACAUCACAGAGCGAUUUUUGCCUGACAAAGCCAUCGACCUUGUUGAUGAAGCGGCCGCAAAGCUGAAAAUGGAGAUCACAUCUAAGCCCACUGAGUUGGAUGAGAUAGAUAGAGCAGUGCUAAAGUUAGAGAUGGAGAAAUUGUCCUUAAAGAAUGACACGGAUAAAGCAUCGAAAGAACGUUUAAGCAAGCUGGAAGCUGAUCUGGCAUUGCUUAAACAAAAGCAGAAAGAUCUUGCAGAACAAUGGGAGCGUGAGAAGGCUCUCAUGACUCGAAUUCGACAAAUUAAAGAAGAGAUUGAUAGAGUCAACUUGGAGAUGGAAGCCGCGGAACGCGAAUAUGACUUGAAUCGUGCUGCGGAGCUCAAGUAUGGGACGCUGAUGUCUCUUCAGCGACAGCUAGAAGAAGCUGAGAACAACCUUGCUGAAUUCCGUAAGUCUGGCAAAUCAAUGCUUCGGGAAGAGGUCACAGACAUCGAUAUUGCAGAAAUAGUCAGCAAGUGGACCGGUAUACCAUUAUCAAACUUGCAGCAGUCAGAGCGAGACAAGCUGGUUAUGCUGGAAGGGGUCCUUCACAAGAGGGUUGUCGGCCAGGAUAUAGCAGUCAAAUCAGUGGCGGAUGCGAUCCGCCGUUCGAGGGCGGGUCUAUCAGACCCGAACCGCCCUAUAGCAAGCUUUAUGUUCAUGGGCCCCACGGGUGUUGGUAAGACAGAGCUUGCGAAAGCACUUGCAGGCUACCUUUUCAACACGGAAAAUGCACUUGUAAGGAUCGACAUGACUGAGUACAUGGAAAAGCAUGCAGUUUCCCGCUUGGUUGGUGCUCCGCCUGGUUAUGUUGGCUAUGAAGAAGGGGGCCAGCUGACGGAAGUUAUUCGCCGAAGGCCUUAUUCGGUUGUCCUUUUUGAUGAAAUAGAGAAGGCCCAUCAUGAUGUUUUCAACAUUCUAUUGCAGCUGUUGGAUGACGGAAGGAUAACCGAUUCACAGGGAAGAACAGUCAGUUUUACAAAUUGUGUCAUCAUAAUGACAUCCAACAUAGGAUCGCCUUAUAUCCUAGAAACUCUCCAAAACACACAGGGUACGAAAGAUGCGGUCUAUGAUCUGAUGAAAAGGCAGGUUAUUGAGUUGGCUAGACAAACAUUCCGCCCAGAGUUCAUGAAUCGCAUUGACGAAUACAUCGUUUUUCAGCCACUGGACAUCAAAGAGAUCAACCGCAUUGUUGAGAUACAGCUGAACCGUCUAAAGGACAGGCUCAAACAAAAGAAGAUAGAUCUCCACUGCACAAAGGAAGCUGUAAAUCUGCUAGGGACGUUGGGCUUUGACCCAAAUUUUGGGGCGAGGCCAGUUAAGAGGGUGAUCCAGCAGAUGGUCGAAAAUGAGAUUGCUCUAGGCGUGUUGAGGGGAGAUUUCAAGGAAGAGGAUUCAAUCAUUGUCGAUGUUGAAAUUUCUCCAUUGGCCAAAAACCUUGCUCCCGAUAAAAGGUUAGUAGUCAGAAAAUUGGAGAAUUCUACUUUAGGGGAUGCCUUGGUAGCCAAUGACUGACUGUAGUUCACAGCUCUAGCAGAAAAAAUAAAAUAAAAUUGAUAGCA